GUCUUCGCACGACUUGAAGAAACAUCUGCUCGAUUCCUUAUAUCAUCAUCUCCUAUCAAAUCAAGUUCAAGGUUGCCUACCAUGCCACUAGCAAUAAUCUCGCCCGUUAAACGCACGCCAAAAUCAAGGUUGCACUGCAACAUGUCCUCAAAGUCAACGAGGGAGAAAAAGCUCGAGGAGACAGUCAAAAAUCUCACCAAGCAGGUCACAAUGCUCAAAGAGCAUGUAAGCGCCCUUCAAGCGACUGUAAUUCUCCAGGGACGCUACUGCGAUCGAGUUCGCCGUCAUCUUGAGACACAAGAGAAGAAAGGCUGUCAGGACAGUGACAACAUCAAGUUGAAUGGAGAUGGUAUGCCGAGGCUACUUACCAGUGACGAGGUCUUCGAGAAAGUCGUGCAAUACCAGGAGCAUCAACAGGCAAAAGCAGCCGAGAAGGAAACAAGGAAAGCAGCAUGGGAGGCACGAACACAAGAGAUGACAGUGUGGAUUCAAGAGGAUGAGGCAAGAAAAAAUCGAAACAAAGCCAAGACCGAGCAGUGGAAGGUAGCUGUUAAAGAGUGGGAGGCCGAGCAAGUGUUGGCAAAGCAAGAAAAGCAAAAACCACGAUGGAAGAAGCCUGUCCGUGGACCACUCGAGAAGCCUUGUCCUAAGCCAAAG